AUGCAGAGUGGACAACCGCGGAGCAGCGGCGCCAACAACGUCCAAAAAGACGAGAAGAAAUCCUGCUUUUCCAACAUCAAGAUCUUCCUGAUAUCAGAGUGCGCACUGAUGCUGGCACAGGGAACCGUGGGGGCUUACCUGGUCAGUGUGCUAACAACUCUGGAGAGGAGGUUUAAUUUACAGAGUGCUGACGUCGGUGUCAUAGCCAGCAGUUUUGAGAUCGGAAAUUUGGCCCUGAUUUUAUUUGUGAGCUACUUUGGGGCAAGAGGGCACAGGCCACGCCUGAUAGGAUGUGGAGGCAUCGUGAUGGCCCUGGGGGCUUUGCUGUCGGCCCUGCCAGAGUUCCUCACACACCAGUACGAGUAUGAAUCCGGCGAGAUCCCCUGGGGACUGGAAGGCCGGGACCUGUGCAUUGGGAAUGUAUCAACGAGCAGUCAAGAACAGGAGACCAAAAUAAUCUGCAGAAACAGGACUUCUACCAACAUGAUGUAUCUCCUGCUAAUUGGAGCCCAAGUCCUACUGGGAAUUGGUGCUACUCCAGUCCAACCUCUUGGGGUGUCCUACAUAGAUGAUCACGUCCAAAGGAAGGAUUCCUCCCUGUAUAUAGGAAUUCUCUUCACCACUCUGGUUUUCGGCCCAGCCUGUGGUUUCAUCCUCGGCUCUCUCUGCACUAAGUUCUACGUGGACGCAGUUUUCAUUGACACAAGUAAACUGGAUAUAUCGCCCGAGGACCCUCGCUGGAUUGGAGCCUGGUGGGGAGGCUUCCUGCUCUGUGGUGCUUUACUUUUCUUCUCAGCUCUCUUCAUGUUUGGGUUCCCACAGUCUCUGACCAUCAAGAGUGACAGGAUCACCGAGAGUGAGCAGGCCAUGCUUCCACAGAACAUGCCACAGGGGUUUGAGAGACCCAAGCCCAGCAAUGGAGUGGCGGAGCACUUCCAUCCCUCCAACCCCUCUUCCUGCUUCCAGCAGCUGCGAGUGAUUCCGAAGGUCACCAAGCACUUGCUGUCGAACCCGGUGUUUACGUGCAUCGUCCUUGCUGCCUGCAUGGAGAUCGCUGUGGUCGCUGGAUUCGCUGCCUUCCUUGGCAAGUACCUCGAGCAGCAGUUCAACCUCUCCGCCUCCUCGGCCAAUCAGCUUCUGGGAAUGACAGCCAUUCCCUGCGCAUGUCUGGGCAUCUUCCUCGGAGGACUUCUAGUGAAAAAACUCAGCUUGACGCCUCUGGGUGCCAUUAGAAUGGCCAUGUUAGUUAACCUCGUGUCCACUGCAUGCUACAUUUCCUUUCUCUUCCUGGGAUGUGACACAGGACCCAUAGCCGGGGUCACUGUCCCUUAUGGAAACUCAUCUGUUUCGGAUACAGAUUUGGAUCCUUAUGCUCCCUGCAAUAGCGAUUGCGACUGCAAGACAGCAGCUUAUAGUCCUGUCUGUGGAUCUGAUGGAGUUACCUACUUGUCUUCAUGUUUUGCUGGCUGCUCCAAUGUGAAUCUCACCGCCUGUGCUUGUCUGAACAUCGGUCCCAUCAAGAAUGCCACUGUAAUCCCCGGCAAGUGUCCGAGCCCAGGCUGUCAGGAGGCCUUCCUGACCUUCAUGUGCGUGAUGUGCGUGUGCAGUCUCAUUGGAGCCAUGGCCCAGACACCAGCCAUCAUUAUACUCAUCAGGGCUGUUAAUCCUGAGCUCAAGUCAUAUGCGCUGGGAGUUCUGUUCCUGCUUUUGCGAUUGCUCGGUUUCAUUCCUCCUCCUCUCAUCUUCGGUGCCGGGAUCGAUUCAACUUGCCUGUUCUGGACCACCAUCUGUGGGGAGCUGGGAGCGUGUAUGUUAUACGAUAAUGUGGUUUACCGGUACCUCUACAUCAGCAUCGCCAUCACACUGAAGACAUUUGCCUUCAUCCUGUACACGACAACCUGGCACUGUUUGAGGAGGAACGCCGGCAAGUACAUUAGGGACGAUGAACGAAAUCUCCAGCCACUGACCGCCAGUGACCUUUUUGCAUCAACCUUAACGUUGGACACUGUAGGAAGGGACGCUAGCCAACCCCACUCACAAAAGACCAAAUUUAUCUACAAUCUUGAGGACCAUGAAUGGUGUGAAAAUAUGGAAUCUGUCCUAUAAAAAAAACUGC